UGAGGAGCUGAUUCGAGUAGCAAUCCUCUGGCAUGAGUUGUGGCACGAGGGUCUUGAGGAAGCCUCACGACUCUACUUCGGGGAGAGGAACGUGAAGGGAAUGUUUGGGGUUCUGGAACCUCUUCAUGCUAUGAUGGAACGCGGACCUCAAACCAUGAAGGAAACCUCAUUCAAUCAGGCGUAUGGUCGUGAUUUAAUGGAAGCGCAGGAAUGGUGCCGGAAGUACACACGCUCCCGCAAUGUCAAAGACCUGACGCAAGCCUGGGACCUGUACUACCACGUGUUUAGACGCAUAUCAAAACAACUCCCUCAGUUAACUCAGCUAGAGCUGCAGCUUGUAUCUCCCAAACUCCUGAUGUGUCGAGACCUUGAACUGGCCGUCCCAGGGACGUACAACCCAAAUCGACCAAUCGUACGCAUCCAACGUGUUCAAUCAUCACUACAAGUUAUCACCUCUAAACAGCGCCCUCGCAAGCUAAGUAUCUUUGGGAGUGAUGGAGCAGAAUACAUGUAUCUAUUGAAGGGACAUGAAGAUCUAAGACAGGACGAAAGAGUGAUGCAAUUGUUUGGUUUGGUCAACACCCUCCUCGCUAACAACCCAGAUACAUUCAGAAGGCAUCUCAACAUCCAACGUUACUCCAUCAUCCCACUGUCGACAAACUCUGGUUUAAUUGGCUGGCUGCGUCACUGUGACACUCUUCAUACCCUCAUCAGAGAUUAUCGAGAUAAGAAAAAGAAGAUCUUGCUCAACAUCGAGCACAGAAUCAUGCUUAGGAUGGCGCCAGACUAUGAGCAUCUGACCUUAAUGCAGAAGGUAGAGGUAUUUGAGCAUGCUUUGGAACACACUCAAGGAGAUGACUUGGCUAAGCUGCUUUGGCUCAAGAGUCCAAGCUCAGAGGUAUGGUUUGAGAGGCGAACCAACUACACACGAUCUCUGGCAGUCAUGUCAAUGGUGGGCUACAUUCUAGGACUUGGAGAUCGACAUCCGUCAAAUCUGAUGUUGGAUCGUAUGUCAGGAAAGAUCAUCCACAUUGACUUUGGGGAUUGUUUUGAGGUUGCCAUGACGAGGGAGAAGUUUCCAGAGAAGAUUCCGUUCCGUCUCACCAGGAUGCUCAUAAAUGCCAUGGAGGUUACUGGCAUUGAUGGGAACUACAGGAUCACAUGUGCUAGUCUCAUGCAGGUGCUGAGAGAGCAUAAAGAUAGUAUAAUGGCUGUACUGGAGGCAUUCGUCUAUGAUCCACUGCUGAAUUGGAGACUAAUGGAUACUGCUCCUAAAGCCAAGCGUUCCAAGGCACGAUCAGAUUCCUUCUCAUCAAGUCAGAAUAAUGCAGAUCUCCUUGACGAUGUGAAUAUAGACACGCCCAAACAGAAGAAGGCGGGUGAGGCCGGGUCGUUGCAAUCAUCUGACAUUGAGGGCGCUGUUCAACCGGAGGCUCUUAACAAGAAAGCCAUCAGUAUUAUCAACAGAGUUCGAGACAAACUCACAGGUUGUGACUUCGCUCAGAAGGAUUCUGUGGACGUCGCUAAGCAAGUUGAGCUGCUGAUACAGCAGGCUACAUCCCAUGAAAACCUCUGCCAGUGCUACAUUGGAUGGUGCCCGUUCUGGUAAAGUGAGCUGCAGUCACACAUGCAUCCAGCUCAAUAAAGAUGGCCUUCAACUGGUGAAGAUCUACCAUAGAGUUAUAUAUAAGAACUAGAAGGCGCACUGGUGAUGCUUCUUGCACAAACGCGACGGGACCGCAAGGAGACCCGCGCGCCAUUCUGCAUGCACCUUGAAUAUAAAGUACACGUUGGAGUUUGUGUUUAUUGAACGCUACGCGAUAUGCUGUUUUGUCAACUUAAAAAAUGGCCGCACAAACACACGCUGUGCGAUGCCUGUUUUGUCAACUUACAAAAUGGCCGCCUGCGCGCAUUCCAGGUCGCGUAUAACUCUAUGAGAUCUACCCACAGAGUUUAAGAUCAUCCUACAAUCUAUUUAUACUUGCAAGUAAAUGUGCCAAAUACUUCAAAGGGAAAAUACAGAAUCUAGGGGGGGGUUUUGGGUUUGGGUGGUUUAAGUUCUGAAGAGCAAAUUAAAGCAUAGUUCUCAAUACCACUCCAGACAGAGUGAUCUGUCUAUCUAGAUAAUCUCUGAAUUUAGAACAAAUUAAAUUCUACGUAACAUUGUGGCACACAAAACCAUGGCACACAUAUUGUAGGCGCAAAGUUAGUUUAACUUUUUAUCUCCCACCAAUGUUUACACAAUCAAACUAGUAAACAGCAACAAUCGCCCAGACAUGCCAGAAGUACAAAAUGGUCUUUAAUGGUUACUUGGCGUUUUCCUUAAAAUAUUUUAAGGAAGUAAAUUUAGAUAUGUUUACUCUAAGAAGAUGUGUCUCUUAAGAAAAUUUGGGGCGUUUGUUCGGGGGGUUUUUCCCGGUUUUUUUCUUUGGCAUUGUCAAAAGAAGACAUCUUUGCGUUUGUGUAAUUCUUGUACUCAUGUAAUGUGUGGAGUAAUGUUACUUUCGUUUUACAAUAAUGUUGCAAACAUGUAUGAAUAAUCAUGUGGAGAUUUGCAUAAAUUACCAUAAAUUAUGUAUAUAAUAUUGAUUGUGUACGGCUUUAUAUAUGUUACUUCAAAUGUCAAAAAAAAAUUGGUUUGUCUCGCUAACUUCAGCCAUUGCAACAGAAACAGAUGUCAGAUGUAGUCUAUAUUUCUUUUAAAAAUAACAAAAAGAUUUUAUCUGUUGAUAAGCAAUUUACUUCUGUGCUGAGCAAUUGUAUGAUAAAGGGGCUGUGUCAUUAUUAAAGACAGUGGACACUAUUGGUAAUUGUCAAAGACCAGUCUUUUCACUUGGUUUAUCUAAACAUAUGCAU